AUGUUUCCUCCACCGCCUCAUUCUACCUGUUCUUCUACUUUACAUGCCACCUACUCAAUGGCGGAUCUUAGCUGUGUUCCGGGUUCCAGGCCACUGCUCCAAUUCCAGCACUAUCAGCCUAGCAAAACGUUCUGCCACCACUGCUACUGCCACAUCGAUCCUUCGGACGUAUACACGCGUAUAUCACCACCUGCGUUUUAUCGGUUGCAGCUAAGAGGCGGUCUUCGUCUGACAUCUGAGACGGUCCACAUUUUCUAUUACAACGAAAUUUCUCCCCUCCGACACGAACGAAAUUCAUUUAUUCCUUACCAGUUUCAAAUUGAAGAGAGUCUGGAGAAGAAGACCUACUCACUUACAACAUCAUCGCUUCCACUGUUUAACAAUGUCGUCCUUAUCAAGGAUUUGUUGAGUGGAAAAAUGGCAGGGAGUUCAAGAGUUGUACACCGUUAUUUAAAGUCAGAGAACUUUCUUUUUAGUACAAAAGACGAAGAUUCUCCAAUGAAGGUUAUAGAUUUCGGUUUAUCUGAUUUUGUUAGACCAAGUGCAGGAGGUUGCAAAGAUUGUAGAUAUAGGAGUUAUUCGAGCAAACCUACAAAGGAUGCCACUGUGUAUUCUGGUGGAUGUGCAACUUUUGAUCUUCGAUUACAUGUUUCCAAGGACAUCCCCGGUGCUUUUGUUCACUCUCAGACUGUAUGUUGCUAGGUGUUUGCUGUAAAG